AUGGCUCACACAGCGACCACCUACGGAGUUGUGGUGGAUUUCACCCAUAAAAAGGAUGCGCGCCUUGUAGUAAAAGGCGAGCAAAUUGUAGUGCCGAUGUGUGAAACCGUUGAAAUUGGAGAGAUACUUCUGAAAGACCCUGAAGGCAAUUGGAAGAAAUGCAACAAUCUUAAUUAUCAGAUACCGGAAGGCGCGAGCACUAACGAACUGCGUCUAUCAUUCAAACAAGUCAAUAUUGACAAAAACUGUCUGAGUUGCGGUGGCAGAUUUUUGAGACAUCAAUUACUUGGAGAUAUUCAAGUUGGCGACCAUUACCCUUUAGAAUUAAGAAGGUAUCGAGAAAUAAAAAUCAAGGCGACAAAGGAUGAGGGAUAUAAAUGGAAAAUAUGUUAUAUGGCAAAACCAAAGGACAAACUACCUAGAGACCAAGUGUGGUUGAAAAUUGGCAAAAUAGCGUAUAUUUGUGAACGAAACGGUCAUAAAAUUUUCAAGGCAAUGGAUUGGAUAUCAAAAAGGCAAUUCAGAAAUCUCUACAGAGUCUAUGAAGAAGCAAACAUUUAUGAUUCGGCGAAAUUUUUGGCUACUGGAAAAAUUCGAAUUUAUAUGAACGAUGAAGAGAUAAAUCUGGCGGAGGCAAUUCAUUUCAUUCCGCAUGAGAAAUACAGAAAUGUCGAAUUCGAUCUUUCCGACGCGUAUACGUUCGAAAUGUUGGAAAAACAGGAUAAGGAUGAUGUGUUUUUGAGAGAUUUGGACCCUAUUAUAAAGAACCUUCAACAAUUCAAUAGAAACGAUGCUUCAACUUCAUCUCUGGAUAGGAAUGGCAAAAGAGCAUCUUCGAUGGCUUCAGAUGUUAAAGCUCCGGUUAAAAAGGCAACUUCAUCGAAGUAUUCUGAUUCAUGA